AAUGAAGGAAAGAUUUCCUACGACUCUAUUUCCGAAAUGAAAUAUUUGGAAAGCUGCAUCGACGAAACAUUGCGCAAAUAUCCAGUGGUCCCACUGCUAACACGGGAAUGUGUGAAAGAUUAUAAAUUGCCAGGGACUGAUAAGAUCAUUGAAAAGGGUACAGAAAUUUUAAUUCCAGCAUUUGCUUUGCAAAGAGAUGAAAAAUACUACGAAGAACCAGAUAAAUUCAUUCCCGAACGAUUCAAUGAACAAAAUUCGAUUGGAAAGAAUUUGACAAAUCGACCUUAUCUACCGUUUGGUGAAGGGCCACGAAAUUGCAUCGGAUUAAGACUGGGCAAAAUGCAAACAAAGGUCGGACUCGUUUUGAUGUUGCAAAAAUUCCGCUUUGAAUUGGAAGAGAGACUUAAGAAAAAUGAAAUGGUAUUCGAUCCUAAAGUAUUUUUCCUUUCACCGCUUGGUGGAAUCAAACUUCAUAUCAUUAAGCGGUAACUAAUUUUAGUAGUUAUAAUGACGUUAUAUUUUAUAUUAAUCUUAGCGAUUGUGGCUUAAUGGUAAUAAAUUAAUAAUUGAAAAAUAAACGGAAUAGACUCAAUAAUUAACUAAAGUAGGACUAGUUUUGACGUUGUAACAAUUCAGAUAUGACUUGGAAAUUGAGCUCGAACGAACGCACGGGAAUUAGAUUAUACGUCUUCAAACGAUUAUUUUGCUUGUAUUAUUUCACUAAUUAAUUUUUGUGCGACUUGCUUGUAUUCAAUUAAUUGAGUUUGAAUGCAUAUUUUACCCAUAGUUAUCAGUAUUUUUAUCAUUUCACUAGGGAAAUAAAUGGAACAAUUAUAAA